ACAUUAUUUAUUGACAACAAUUCUUUGCUAGUGGCUACGACGAGUUGAAAGAAGAGAAAGCGGAGAGAGGAACUCCAUCUCCGACGAUCUCUCUUUCUCUCUUCUCAAUUUGCAAAUGUCUGACGAACCCUUUCUCACUCGCUGGAGCUUUCAGGAUUUUAAGUUUGUUUAUGAUGCGAAGUUUGGAAGGAAGAAGGAGCGGAGGCCGGAGGAGGAGGAUUCUGCAAUGGCGAAUCAGAGCAAUGGGAAUGGUACAGCGAAUGGUGGUCGAAAGCGAGAGCUAGCCGUGUACGAGCAGUAUAGGAACGAGGCUACUAAUGGGACAAACUCAAAUGGAGGUUUGGCAAAUGGUGCUCAGGAUACUUCUACUGUGCAGAAGCCCCUGCUUCCUCCUUUUGAAGAUGCAGAAACACGUAACUUAGCGGAAAGUCUAUGCAGGGACAUAAUUCGUGGCACUCAAGAUGUCACGUGGGAGAGCAUAAAGGGUCUUGAGACUGCUAAACGUCUUCUUAAAGAAGCAGUUGUCAUGCCUAUCAAAUAUCCUAAGUAUUUCACUGGACUACUAUCACCAUGGAAGGGAAUACUUCUAUUUGGUCCUCCAGGAACAGGAAAAACUAUGCUGGCAAAGGCUGUUGCCACAGAAUGCAAUACCACUUUUUUCAAUAUUUCAGCAUCAUCUGUUGUCAGUAAAUGGAGGGGUGACUCGGAGAAAUUAGUGAAAGUACUUUUUGAGCUUGCCAGGCAUCAUGCACCAUCCACUGUUUUCAUUGAUGAGAUUGAUUCAGUUAUUAGUCAUCGUGGUGAAGCACGUAGUGAGCACGAAGCUAGUAGGCGUUUGAAAACUGAGCUCCUCAUACAGAUGGAUGGCUUGAGCAGGAGUAAUGAACUUGUUUUUGUCUUGGCUGCAACAAAUCUCCCCUGGGAACUGGAUGCAGCUAUGCUACGGCGACUUGAGAAGCGCAUUCUGGUACCCCUUCCCGACCCGGAAGCACGGAGAGGCAUGUUUGAGGAACUCCUGCCAUUGCCACCUAGUGAUGAUCAAGUUCCAUACGAUGUAAUGGUGGAAAAAACAGCAGGAUACUCAGGAUCGGACAUACGGUUGGUGUGCAAAGAGGCUGCCAUGCAGCCACUUAGACGGUUGAUGACAGUUCUCGAACAGAAGCCAGAAGUCAUUCCUGAGGAUGAACUGCCUCCAGUUGGAUCAAUAGAACUCAAAGAUAUAGAGCUUGCCUUGAAGAAUACCCGACCAUCAGCACAUCUUCAUGCACACCGUUAUGAAAAGUUUAACGAAGAUUAUGGCAGUCACGUAGUCCAAUGAAAGCUAUAGAUUUAUGAUUAAUAAUGGUGUUAAUUCAGGUUUCCGAGACUAGGGGUGAAUCAAGUUUAAAUAAGGAUUGUAUUCAUGAAUAUUUGCUAAUUUAUUUUGUGCUUAUUUAAAUUAUGAUGGAUUUUGUCCAUAGUUUGUUGCUUUAAUUAUUGGAAAAUUUGGUAAUAUUUAUUCAA